UGUUAUUGUUUACUCCUCACCUGAAACCUGGAAACGAUAAUUCAGUAGGCUGUCAGCGUUGUAUCGAUAAGAGAAUCGUUCCUCGGAACUUCAGUUCCGGUGCUCGUGAAUAAAACAAACAUUGGAUCAGAAUCGAGUAUUUAAAUCAGUCAUAAUCGAGACACGAGGCGACUGCCCCGCAUGCCGCGGCACGCACUAUUCGUCAAAAAGAGGCGGGAAAAGAAAAGCGCGCGGAGAAAAAGAAAAAGAACUGUCAAAACUUUUUUCUUCUUAAAUUGAUAAAUUGUGUUCAGUGCCAGUAUUUUUUUAAUUGUAGUUUUUCACGAAUGGAAUAUUUUAGUUAGUGUUUGGAGUGUUGGUGUAAUUUGAAAAUGGAGUUGAUAGCCGUUUUGUUUUUUAUUUUGGCGGGCUGUGCGGUGCGGUGUGAUGAGUCCAGUAACUAUUACGUCAUCGAAAUGCCAGAAGAUGAGAUACAAAACGAAACAUCAUUCAGAGCGAAACCUUUUAGCGUGUAUUGGAACGUGCCAACGAUGCAAUGUCGUUCUAAAGGCAUUCCAUUCGAAAAUUUGUACGAAAAGUACGGAAUUAUUCAGAAUAAGAACGAUGAGUUUCGCGGCGAAAAGAUCGCCAUUUUGUAUGACCCGGGGUGGUUUCCCGCGCUUCUGAAGAACGAGACGAGCGGCAAGUUUAAGUUUCGCAACGGGGGCGUCCCACAGGAAGGAGAUUUGGACAAGCAUUUGGAGGUUUUCAAAAGCGUUUUGGAGCAGAGCAUUCCUGAUGAACAGUUUGAUGGGGUUGGCAUCAUAGACUUCGAGUCGUGGCGGCCUGUCUUCAGACAGAACUUCGGAGUCCUGGUGCCCUACAAGGAUACCUCGUACGAGAUCGAGCGACGCAAGCACUGGUGGUGGACUAAUGACUGGAUCAGGACUGCUGCGAAGAACAACUUCGAGUCGGCAGCGCGUGAGUUCAUGCAGGCGACCAUCACGCUAGCGCGACGCCAGCGCCCGCGCGGCCGGUGGGGGUACUACGGGUUUCCUUACUGCUUCAACGGAGCUUCGGCUCAGAGCAUGGAACAUUGUAGCAAGGGGGUUAAGGAGGAGAAUGAUCAAACCAGCUGGCUCUGGUCUUCAAGCCAGGUGCUCCUGCCCUCAGUGUACAGCUCUCAAACCCUGGAAACGUCCCAGCUUACGGCGUUCAUCCGCGGCCGGGUGACGGAGGCGGCGCGGGUGGCGCGGGGGACUCCGGUCCUGCCCUACUUCUGGUACCGGUAUAGGGAUGCCGGGUUUUUGACACAGAGAGACCUGAAUGCGGCGCUGCAAACUUUCUACAAAUCUCAAGCUAAAGGCUUCAUCAUAUGGGGUAGCUCCGGGGACGUCAACACGCCAGAAAAAUGCACAAAAUUACUAGACUAUGUCGACUCAAUACUAGGACCUGCCAUAGCCAAAUAUGCCAAAACAGGAAUGAGGGAUGAAGAAAAUACAAGUGAUAGUGAAGUAAUGAAUGAUGGGACCACAGAAGAUCCCAUCAAUAUGCAUAAUAUUACUAUAGAACCUAUAUUUGGGAGUGAUAAUACUACAGACGUAAAUGAUGAUAAGAACAGUACACCCGAUGCAGUAUCUAAGAAUCCGUUUGAAACCACCACUAGUAGUAUUCAAACACAGUCUAUUAAUCCUGAGCCGGAAUCUUUAUGGGUUCCACCUGAGAAUUAUGAACAGAACAUAAUUCAGCAUGUAGCUGAAGAGUUGGCAAAAAAAUAUGGACAUGAACAUGAUAGUCCAGUUAUUAAGACGUUUGAGGAAAGUGAUUUAUUACAGUUAAUAGUUAAAGUAGUAUUGAAUGAAACUGAACAUAAUAGGACAUCCAAACCAAUUAAUAAUGAUCACAGUGAACCAAACGUUAUGACUUCACAGGCUGAAGUUAGUACAAAAUCUGUUGCUAAUCUACUUGAAUUUACCACUCAAAAUCCCUUACCUAAUGUAGUGAAAUCAAAUCAAAAUAUUGUUAUCAACGUUACUAAAGAAAGCAGUGAUAACGCUUACAACUUUACAAGUACAACUGAUAGUUAUAUUUCAAUAGAAAAUAAAUAUUCAUUAGAAAAUGAAUACGCUGAAAAUGAAGAAAGUUCUUUAAGUACAACAGAAAGUUACGAUGAUACAAGUACAAAUACUUACUUUAAAAAUGAGGACGACGCAACAAAUUUUAAUGUGGAUUCUGAAAGUGUGACGAAUAAAAUUAAUAUUAAUACACCAACUGAAGAAGUUGUCAAGGACACUGAUGAUGUAUAUACAACUACUAGUACGGACUCUUACAGUUCUACAACAGAGACAUACGAAAAUGUUAUAGAAUAUUUUGAUAACGAAUUUUUCAUGGAUGAAGAACUUGACGUUAAUAAAAACAAUACUAGCACUACAGAAAGUACAGUCAUUACUGAAUCUCUUCCUACUACUAUAAAUGCUGAUACGCUUACUACUGACACUACUUUAAGUACUGACAAUUACAAUAAAGACAACGAAGAUAACCCUUAUGCACAAUUUGAAACAGAUGUAGAUCAGGAACCUUUUAAUGAUCUCAAAAAAGAACUCCCUUCACAUCAUCACAGACACAAUAGAAUGUAUACUCCAAUUAAAAUUGAUAUAACAGAAACAGAAACUGAAAUCACUAGUUCUAGCAAUGAUAUGACUGAGCCGUUAGUAAGUAGUAAACAAACUUAUAGUGUUGGGUCUAAAGAUAAAAAGAAAGGUUUGCCAAGAAGGGAAGAAAGUGAAAAUGAAACUACAGAUGUUAAACGAUCCGUAGAUGAUACAAUCAGUCUAAUGGGAGCAGAUUCUACUAUUGAUCAGGUUUCCAGUUCUGCGGUGAAAAUCAACAGUUUUAGCAAACACAAAUAUUUCUUUUGCAUCUUCUUCUACUUCUACUCUAUCAGCCGGUGUCUGUGUGAUGUCUACAAACAUUGUACAUAAAACUCUGUAAUUUAUGACGUAGAACGGGUGAAAUACUGUGAAAUUGAUAUUAACAUUGUGAUUUAUUUGAAAAAAAUCUUCGUAAUCUCAAGAGUACUCUAGAUUGUUUGUUCCUCCAAUAAUAUCUCCAAUUCUCUUCUGUUAAUGUACUUUGUUGUAUUCCAGAACUAACUUUUUAUAUUGUUCUAUAAGUACUUAGUCUAUACCAGUGUUGUUUAGGGAUCUCUUUAUUCUUGUUAUAAUAAUUAUGUAAAUAACUUUCAGUAUCAUUGUUAACUAACAAUUUAUCUGUGAUAUUAUGAAUUAAUCGUUUUUAUUAUUUAGAAAUAAUAAUAUUAAGACAACGUUCAGUAAUGCAAUUUAAAUACAUAACGUAUUUUAAUAAUA